AUGGAAGGUGAAAUGAAGAGUUGGGUGCUGCAAAAAGAGAAUACAGUAAGACAUGACACGUGCAUUUUGGGAACCCAGGAAGCUGAAGAGGAAGGAAGAAGUAUACACUCUGACCUGUGGACAAGUUUCCUGGAGGUCAUUAGAGCUGCAGCUGUGCCUGGGGUUGAUGCUGCUGCUGAGCUGGGGGGGGAGGAGCAUGGGGAGGAGGACAGGCUUCCAGUUCUCUCUGAUUCUAGAGGCCAGCUCUUCCCAGGGGCUACCCAGGACCAAGCUUUUUCUAACAACUCAAAAAGAGAGGAGGAGUGGCCAAAGUUGGAGAUUGUGAAGCAUUUGCCAUUGUCUUGUGACCCGAAGAUUUUAAAGUCCAACAUAUACUCUGUAUCAGUCAAUACACUGAAUCCUUCAGAUGUGAAAUUUGUGGCUUCCAUUGGCAUUAAGGAAACUUUGAUAUUGCUAAAUUCUGUUGGUAUGAUGGAGAAACAGAAUAGCUGGCCAGAGAGCUCUGUGAAAUGGGACUCUGUGGCACAGGCCUUGGCUUCAGGUCAAGGUCUUGCUCCAUUCACUGCAAUAGGCAUCUGGAAACCUGACAUCCGAGUGCAGACUGGCUAUGAGGGCAAAGCUUUGAAACUCGACUUUAAAAAUGACUGGAAGAUAAUCAAUUUGUUCCUCAGUAACACCCAUGAGUGUUACCUCUGUCCAGCUGUGGGUCAGAGCAGUUUUGUGAAGAGUGCCAUGAACAAACUGACUAAAACCCUGGACUACCUGCAGCAAGAGGUGCCUAGAUCAUUUGUAAACCUGGUGGAUCUUACUGAUCUCCUGGAUUUCAUUGCUUUGCCUGGGAUGAAGACUCAACACAGCAACAACACCAAGUUCUGCAAGUGUUCAGAGGACAGAGUUCCUUAUAAAGCCUAUGCACGAAUGAACUACCAGGAACUAUGGGAAAGUGUCCUGUCCUCCAGCAAGUACAACCAGAAGGAGUCCUUUGCUGUGGUGUUCCAGCCUUUCUUCUAUGAUCCUGACUUGUCCCAUCUCUUGGAGGAUCAGCAGCUAAAGGACCCCAGUUCCCUGGGGGUGCACCUUUGGAACCUCAUGAUGGAGCCAGCAGGACAGAAAGUGAAGCCAUACAGUCUAAGAUACAGGAGGCUGUUGGCCUGUCCCCCUAAGGGACAUCCCUAUCUGUUCACCUAUAAGAACAGCAACUUCCAGCCCAGGUUUCCUCCUGCCAACCAACUAUUUCAGCCCAAUGAUGUGCGGUUAAAGUGCUCUGACAUGAAUCCAUCCUGGACUAUUCCCAAUUCAGUUCACCAACUGAAGCCUGCUGACAUCAAGGUGGUUGCGGCUGUAGGUGAUUCUGUCCUGGCAGCUGCUGGGGCUGAGCACAGACUUCAGACCUUCAACAGUUCCUUGAGUGACCAUCACAGCCUAACAUGGCGAAGCAAUGCUGGAAAUGAGACCCUGACAAAUGUUCUCACCCUGCCCAGUGAGUAUCAUCCACUACCAGUGUGUUUCAGUGGGUCUCCCGGAGGUGAACAUGGGUUUGAUAUUCUCCGGAAAUUCAACUCUGAACUGAUAGGCUACACUCUUGGACAUGGAAUGAAAUACAGUGCUGGAGCCAGACUCAACCAGGCUGUGUCCAGAGACAUCUCAAUGGACAUGUCUAACCAAGUCACAGAGGUGAUAAGAAAGAUGAAAAAUGACAAGUUCAACAUUACUCCUGAAAUCCUUCAAAAUGGCAUUCAGCAUGCUCUGGACAUUCUGCAGGGAGAGGUUCCCAGGAUGGUGGUGAAUGUGGUAUCACCACUGGAGAUUACCAGCCUGAAUGCGAUAUACAAGGAGACAGAAAACAUUUGUCCUCGAGAUCAACUAAUGAAGUUAUGUCCCUGUGUCAUGAAGUUUAAUGAAGGUGCCCAAGAAUUUGAUCAAGUUGUUAACUUCAAUAAGAAGUAUCAGAGGCUUGUAGAAGAUCUAAUCUAUAGUGGGCACUAUGACAAAAGACAUGAUUUUACCGUGGUCCUGCAGCCCUUCUUGGAAAGGUUUGAAAUGCCCAGGACUGAGGAGGGGUUGCCUGACCUGACUUACUUUGACCCCGAUUGUUUCCACUUCAGUCAGAAGACACUUGGCCAUAUAGCCAGUGCCCUCUGGAACAGCAUGGGACAUCCUUACCUGAUGACCAGCAAGAACAGUGUAUGUAUACCUGCUUAUUGUUACAUAUUUGGUGACAGUUUAUGGGAAGCCCAGCAGGUUUCUGAGGACGUUAUCCAAUGCCCAGACAUGAGUCCAUCUACGAACAUUCCUAUCUCAGUGGAUAAAGUGAAACCUGCAGACAUCAAAAUUGUUGCUGCUUUGGGAGGUUAUUUAAAUGCUGGAAGAGGAGCUGGUUCUACAUCCUUCUCUGAUCUAUCUAACCUUUUAGAAUUUCGGGGAGUGGCAUUUAGCAUUGGAGGUGACAAAGAGCUGCCCUCUGUGAAAACAUUACCAAAUAUCCUUCGGAAGUUCAACAGUGAUAUUAAAGGCUAUUCCGUGUUGAUUACCAAAACUUACGAAGACAAUGAAGCCUGGUUGAAUCUCGCUACUCCCCAAGCAUUAACACAACAGUUUCGAGAUCAGUGCGAGAGGCUGGUGAAUAGAAUGAAAGCUAUGAGUGGCAUAAAUUAUGCGCAAGACUGGAAACUCAUCACUGUGAUGAUUGGAUACCAGGAUUUUUGUGUCUUCUGUGAUAAGAGGGUCUUAAGUGAGGAAUCUUAUUCUACAGAUAAAUAUGUUCAGUAUAUUAAAGAAGGCUUGGACUACCUGCAUAACAAUGAUGGGAAAAGUGAUACUUCGUACUUCUCCUUCGACUGCCUCAGCAUCAGUCAAAAAGGACAUGGCAAGCUGGCUUACGCCCUGUGGAAUAAUAUGCUUGAAGACUUAGGCAAUAAAACCAGAGUAUUCGACUUUUCUGUGGAAAACUCUCUAAUGUGCCCAGGAAUGCAUCAGGACUGGGGUAGUGACUUUGAUUGUAUGUAUUUGGAGGUUUCUCCACAUCCCCCAUCCUCAGCCAGCAAGCUGCAACCAGCAGACAUUCAAGUGGUGGCUGCCAUGGGUGACUGGGUCACAUCUGCAUGGGGGGCCAGCCCUUUUACCUAUGAUAUACCGAAAGCCUGGAAAUCUGUUUCCUGGAGCACUGGCGGGCAUAAGGUUCUUGAGAAGCAGACCACACUGCCAAACAUUCUGCUCAAGUUCUCCUCCGUCAUCCAUGGUAUCUCUCGUGGGUCAUGGCCUGAGUUGGCAGGGCUGAAUGUAGCAGAGGAGGAAGCCAGAGUUCAGGACAUGCCAGAACAAGCCAAUAAGCUAUUGCAAUUAAUGGAAUUCAAUUCUGAUAUUGACAUGGAUAAUGACUGGAAGCUGAUAACAAUCUUCAUUGGGAUCAAUGAUUUGUGUGAUUACUGUAAAGAUCAGCUUCCAAAGGUUUUCAUCAACUUGGUGGAGGUAAUGGACGUGACUUCAUUUUAUCCUGAACUAGGAGAACACUGUGUCAAAACACCUCUAAAUUGUCCUUGUUUUCAUGGCAUGGGAGAUGAAUUAAAGGAAGAAUUGUUGAAAAUAAAUAUGCACUUUCAGGAUGUUGCCUAUAAGAUUCCCUUCAGUGUAGACUUUUCAUCACGUGAAGACUUCAUGGUGGUCACACAGCCAUUCUUCAGAAAGUCUACUUUGCUGCAUAAAAAUGAUUCCAGUUCCUACUUAUCUUUGAAUUGCCAAUACUUCUCAUCCCUUAUGCAGAAUCAAAUGGCCAUUGCUCUCUGGAACAACAUGAAUACCCCAGAAGAGAACAGUUGUGAAUUUCUCGUGGCUGAAUAG